AUGUCAAAAGACUUUUUUCUCCGUGAUGAAGUCGUGGUGCACAAUAGAAUCGACAGCGCGUGGGUUAUAGUUCACGGAAAUGUCUUUAAUAUAACCGUUUUGUUCAACGAUUCAAACCAGUCUCAAAAGAUAUAUCAGCUACUUUUAGCUUUUGCAGGUAAAGAUUUGAGCAUUUAUUUCAAUGACAGUAACACAGCGAAGUACAGAAUAAGCAAGGAUGGGAUCAGAGUUCCCGUAUUUCCUUCGGUUAAAAUUAGAAACAAACUCACAGACAGACUAUGGUGGAAGGAUCAAAGUUUACUGCUCGGAAAAAUUACGUCACAAGAACGCAAGAUUCGGGUUGUAAACAAUAUAACUUUUGACAUGUAUGAAAUUGUUGUGUGUGAAGAGGACACCAUCGCAAACGUUCAACAAAAAUUUCUCCGUUAUAAUGAAAAUAGUUCGAACUACACUUGGAAAAGCUGUCUUCGCUUGACUGACGAGGCAGCAAAUUUACGACUUGAUAAAACGUUGACAGAAAAUGGCAUCUUUUACGAUCACUACCCGCCAGCGCCCCUCAUAUGGAUAUUUUAUCAGAUUCCAGAAGAAAGCAACGAUGCCCUGACCGACAUUAGAUGCGAAGUACAUAGCAAGGAAAUAAACGUCAUGCAGGAGACUGAUUCUAACGACUUGAUGCCGUAA